AUGCGAAUCACAACCGUACAAUAUGCUGAUCAGCAUCUUAUACAUGGGUACACAUUUCCAGAAUGGGUUCUUGCCUUAGGAGAUGGAAGGCUAAAAACAACAUCAUUCAGAGAAGAUGCUCCAAUGGAUUGGAUACAGAUACCACAUCUAUUCUUGAUUGAUCCCGGAAAUGAUCCUGUUGAGUCAAUUGCAGAUGACAUAUAUGAUUCGUUUCCUCAUAACCAUAGGCACCCAUCAUACCUCACCACUAGAGCCAUGGUUACUCCAACCAAUGCAACUGUCUCUAUAAUCAAUAAUUACAUGCUUCAACGUGUUCCAGGAAACUCGACAACCUAUUACAGCUCAGACUCACUAUUGCUAUCGACAGAAACAGCAGAUUCAUUCGACGAAAGCUAUCCAACUGAGUUUCUCAACACUCUUACAUUCAACGGAGUGCCAGACCAUGAGCUCACAAUAAAGGUAAACACACCAGUUAUGCUCCUACGCAACUUGAAUCCUGGUCUUGGUUUAUGCAAUGGCACAAGGAUCAUGAUCACAUCUUUGAGAGACAAUUAUAUAAAAGGCAACAUUAUGGGCGGUUCUUAUGACACUGAUGAGGUCGUUAUACCAAGAAUAGUGUUGAAUGUGGAGAACUCUAAGUGGCCCUUUAUACUUAAAAGGAGGCAAUUUCCUGUGCGAUUAUGCUAUGCAAUGACUAUAAACAAAAGCCAAGGACAAACGCUUGAAAAAGUUGGGAUAUAUUUGCCUGAACCAGUUUUUAGCCACGGCCAACUCUAUGUGGGAGUUUCAAGAGUAAAAUCAGCGAGAGGUUUGAGGAUACUUAUAGAAAACCCAUUUGCUAAUAUUAUCGAUAUCUAA